CAUGUGAGAAUCAAUACUUACCGUUGGCCAUUUAAGAUUGCAGUGUUAUUCGGCCCCGAAACCGAAAGUCCGGUUUUUAAGUUAUUGUUUUUCAGCCGUAGAAACCGACGACCCCGUCCAAAAUGGCAGAUAGAGACACUGGUGGAGUUAAGGCCUUCCCCAUUGAGGGACCAUUCAAAAAGGAACGAGCUCGUGUUAGUGGUAUGACAGAUGCUGAUCGGGCAUAUCGUAAGCAAUGGCUGAAGGAUCAGCUCUUGGCAGAAAGUGAACCAAAACCUGUCCCUGGAUAUUAUGAAGCUCGCUACAACCCAAUAAGAAGAUUUUACCGCUGGCCUCUUGAUACAAUUUUUAAAGCUACAGUUCCAGCAUUGGGUUAUGAACGAGCUGCAAAAUAUCGUUGGUUUACUGGAAAGUUCUUAAUGAUAUAUGGUGCAGCAGUUGCAACAUACUAUUAUUUCUCAUAUAAUAAGAAUGAUUGGACACGUAAAGGUGGAUGGUAUGUACUUAAGUCCCGAGAGAGUGUCACCACAGCUGAUUCCAGAUAUCCCAUGGUUUCUGACAGGAGGGAAGGAGCUGAUUAUGCUGACCGUGGAUUUAAAGCCAGUCCUAUUUAAAGAAAUUCAUAUGUAGUUUCAGUUACUGGGAGCUGUUUCACCUUAUUUACUGUAUUAUAGAAGUGUAUAAAUAUAGAGUUUUAUAUCAUA